CGUUCAGUAGUUCGCGCGGUUGUUUCUACUGCGUUUUCUUUUUAUUAUUUUUGUACAUUAACUAAGAUCAAAGAUCUAAAACUUGAGAUAAUUAAUAGUUGAUAUAAUUAGAAGUAUAAUUAUAUUUUUUUAUUAAUAUGGGCAGUACAACGAAGUUUGUUGCCGAAUUCUGUGAUAUUAUAGAUUCCUAUGGGGGUCGGGAUAAGGUGAUGAAAGCGCUUUGCUACAGCGCCAAGCUCGUAGCUGGCUAUCAUCUGAAGCGCAAUCCGGAGUUGGCUAAGCGUUACGCGACUGCCAGCUCGAAGAUAUCUGGCGCUAGAGCUACGCUACGUCUUAUCGACGAUAUACCAAUGAUACAAUAUGCACUGGAGUAUGGCUUGGGAGAAAAUGAACCGGAUCGCAUUAUGGCAAUUCUUGGCGUGACGGCAAAUAUUGUCGACCUGCUAUAUUAUCCAAUUGAGAAAAUCUGCUGGCUGUCUGAGCAUAAGAUAUUGAAUGUAAAGCAUGCUGACAAUUGGGAUAAUGCCAAUUCAGUAUUCUGGGUGCUUUCGGUUUAUUUGAACCUAAUGCGGACUCUUCGCAACUUUUGGCUGAAUCAGGAAAAACUAAAUCGUAGUCAUCAGCUAUGCAAUCCCACGAGCAUUGAUGCCAAGUCGCUGGCCAAACAUCGCUUGGAAUUGAUGUCGAUUGCACGCAUUUCACUGGAUUUUGUGCAUGCCGUUAGCACCUUGCCAAAGGGCUAUUUGUGGGGUGGCAAACUGUCCACCUUUCAGGUGGGCAGCAUUGGCACACUGUCUGCCUGUUUGGGCAUCUAUCAAAUCUUUGCCAAGCGAAGACUUAACAAAUAAUACUCGGCAUAUCAGUGCCGCUAAUGGUUGAUCAGCAUUUGCAGAACUAGUCGUUAAGAUAAAUUGUAAACAUGCAACAAUUUUGUGAAACAGAUGGUAUAGUUGUUAAAUAUGUAAGCACAAAUAUAUAAAUUAUUAACUAGAAAGUAUAA